AUGAUCCCGCAGACGGAAAACGGGUACAAUUCUUCGAAGCGCAAGAUUGAAGACAGGAACGCCGCAAUUGAAGAGCCUCGGCGAGUAGGAGAACGUGAAGCCAAGCCACAGACAAACGGCGACAGUAAAGUCGUAUCAAGUUCUCCUCAACCACCACCUAAAAAGCGUAUCCGAUAUACAGAACCACCGAUUUGGGCUCGCAGUGUCCGAAGCAAAGCACCAUUAAGUAUGAGCACUAAGACAAAUCUCAAGGCGAAUGGAAAGCUUCCUCUGGGAAUAUACCCUGCCAAUCAAGGUCCUCCACCUAUCAAAACUGAGAUGAAUGGCAACAACCAACUUCCUGCUCCAUCUAUCCGAGUUGCACCCCUUCCAAACACGGUGAAAGAGGAUCCGUCGGUGAUCCUAGGACCCUGGGAGCAGUCCAUCACCAAUACCAGGCCACAAGAUGAUAUAUCAAAGUUGGUAGCCGACUUCUUGUAUUCACAUGUCGUUUCCCGCAACGAUCUGGGCGAGUUGGCAAGCAGAGGUGUUGACAUCGAAAUCGAAGCCAAGCUGGGUCAAAUCAUUGACAAAGAUACGAACGAGAGAUACAUCUUACCUAUCGACUCCGAAUGUGUUCUCAGGGCGAACACUGGACUUACUUUCAGAAGCUCCAUGACCGAGACUCAGCACCGAACUCUCAACGAGUUCCUAAAUAAGCGAGUACAAGAAUCUUACGCACCAAAUCCUUUGCCUGAUUCAAAGGAGCGCGUCAAGAUUAUUUACAAUCAUCGCCGAGAAAGAGACACAUUCUAUGAACUCCCACAAACGAUGUACUCUAGUCUCCCAGCGGCAGUUAGAGAGCAACUCAAUUCACGCCAAAGAAUCAGGGUCCGGAUCAGUCACGAUCAAAAGACGGGCCAAGUCCUGGCAAAGAUUAUCAAGUGCCGAGUUGCAAACCUUGACAUUUACAUGCCGAAACAAGCUCUUGACUGUCGCAUCAGUAUCAACUUCGAAAUGAAAUUCGACAUGGACGUUGAAGAUAUCAUAGCCGCCUCGACCAGUGAUCGGCAACCUGAUCGUAAUAAGGAUCGUUUAAGCUACACUCAAUCUGUGUACCAAUUCGAUCUCACUCAAGUCACUCAAACCUCAAACAUACAGGCAAUGAAGGAGCAUGAACUUGAAAUCGAAGUCUCUACUGCAGCAGUCCGCGAGCAAGGCCAGAAGGCGGCAGCAGGCAGUACCAACGAGUAUUUGGCAUUGGUUGAAGGUUUAGUGAGCAAUGUUCGAGUCCUUGCGAGGGCUACACCAUUUCAAUAA